CCAGCCAUCUUUGUAGGGAAAGUCCAACUGAAAUUGUCAUCCAUGGUUUCUGCUCUCUUUCAGAGCCUGAUCUCUUCCUACAUAUAUAAGAUUUACAAAGGAAUGUUUACAAAGAAAUUGGGGAAUAGUACAAAAAAGACAGAGAGUUGUCAAAGCAAAAAGGAACAAGACAUCCCCAAGGUUGGACAGAUAAAGAACCCCAAAUUCUCCAACACUUUGAAAAGCACCGUGAAAAGGCUUGCCAAGUGCUCUUCCGCUCGCAAUCUGUCAACCGAAGAGGAGGGAGGCAGCCAAGAGUUUUCCCUGUCUCCAACGUUCAGCUACCGGGUAGCAAUUGCCAAUGGGCUGCAGAAGAGUGUUUUCCUAACACCUAAGAAUGAGGAUCCGUUUCAAGACCCCUCUUCCAACGAGAGCUCAUAUUCGGAGUCCUUAAGCGAAGCCAAGAGCCUGAGUAGGAGCAAAGAGUUUUCAUCGCACACGAUGCCGGUGAGACGCAACCGGAAGAGCUUGAGUAGCCUCGCCCCCUCGGACGGCAGCUCCGAUGGGGAGCGCACCUUGCACAGCCUGAAGCUCGGUGCAUUACGGAAGCUGCGCAAGUGGAAAAAGAGCCAGGAAUGCGUCUCCUCGGACUCGGAGCUCAGCACAUGGAAGAAGACCUGGGGCCUGCGGAGCAAGUCCUUGGACAGGACUGCCCGCCCGCCGAAGUCCAGCACCCUGGAACCGAGCUACAGUUCGACGGGUUGCAUCAGUCAAACCCACGAUGUCAUGGAAAUGAUCUUCAAGGAGCUUCAAGGCAUCAGCCAGAUUGAAACGGAACUCUCCGAACUGCGGGGACACGUCAAUGCCCUGAAGCAGUCCAUCGACGAGAUCUCCAGCAGCGUGGAAGUGGUGCAGAGUGAGAUUGAGCAGUUGAGGACAGGCUUUGUGCAGUCCAGGAGGGAAACCCGGGACAUCCACGACUAUAUCAAACAAAUUGGGCACACGGGGAGCAAAACCAGCCUCCGGUUUUUAAACGUGCCCGAGGAGAAAUUUGAAAACGUUGAACACGUGGUGUACAGAACUUUAAUCGAGAAAAUGGGCUUCUCGGAGGCACAAAAUUCCAUCAAAAUCGACUUUGCCCACCGCUUGGGCCAUCACAGGGAAUGCCCCAGUGCCAAACCCAGGCCCAUCCUGGUUUACUUUGAGACGCCGCAGCAGCGCGAUUUAGUUUUGAAAAAAUCUUACAAGCUCAAAGGGACUGGCAUUGGGAUUUCGACAGAUAUUCUCUCUUCUCAUGACACAAAAGAGCGGAAAGAUCAAGGUCUACCUUCCUCGCAGACCUACGAGAGCAUGGACAUGAAACUGCCAGCAAUGGAUCUAAAAGCGAAAAGACAUGACUGGGAGUCGCCCGACAGCAGCGACAAAGAACUGGAAUCGGAUAUCAAUCGGAACAGUUACGCAAAGAUAUCCAAAUCAGCCCCCCAAAUGAAAAGAAGUCCUGCGAAGGCAAGGGAGGAAUCUUCGAGCAUCCGGAUCCUAAAAGGAGCUCCUGACGGGAACAGUUUCCCAAGUGAAAUCAAUUAUAAGGAAAGGUCGCCAGGAGCAGAGAGCCGGCAGAAGGAAUCCAAGGCGGGCUGUUAUUCCAACAUGACCCCUCUCUGGCAGUCGCAGAAUGACUUUGCAACUCUCAAGCUCAGCCGUUCAGAAUCUGAUUUUUCUAAACUGUGCCAGUCAUACUCUGAAGAUUUCUCAGAGAAUCAGUACUUCAGCCGAACCAAUGGCAGCUCGCUCUUAUCUUCCUCCGAUCGAGAGCUCUGGCAGAGAACGCAUGAUGAACCGUCCAACUGGUGUGGCGGUUCUCAAGAGCAGACAUUUAAUGAAGGUCAGCCUUAUAGAGUGGAGAAUGAAGUGGAGAACACAGAAACGGUGGACAGCGGACUCAGCAAUGGGAUAAUGUGUGUGUCUGCAGACAGGAGUCAUUAUAGCAACUCUCAAGUCUCCUUAGAAGAUGACCUUUCACCAUGGAAGGACUGGAAUCAACUGGAACAAAACACAGACCUAGGAUUAGAUUCAUCAACCCAAGACGUUUUGGCUUAUGAUUUGAGCAGCUCUUCUGACCAACAGACAGACUAUGGCCAACAGGUAGAUCUAUCCGACGUCCAGUAUGAUGCAGAAAAUUAUGAUUUUGCCCUGGAGGGCAAUUCUCCCUCUUGCUUGGGGGUCAGUAGUGAAACACAGGACCAGUGGAUUGGUCAAUAUGAUGACUACCAGGAGACAAAUGGCAAUACCCUGUAUCAAAACCAAAACAGGAAGCCCAUGAUGUAUCGAAGUCAAAGCGACCUGCCGAGCGAUGAUUCUGAGGAAGCGCCUCCAAAAUCUUGGCACAGCAGGCUGAGCAUUGACCUUUCAGACAAGACCUUCAGCUUUCCUAAAUUUGGGAAUACUCUACAGAGAGCAAGGUCGGCCUUGGAAGUGGUGUGGACUAAGAGCACGCAAAGUUUAAGUGGGUGCGAGGACAGCGGAUCGUCUUUUAUGGGGAGAUUUCGGACUUUGUCCCAGUCAACUGCCAAUGAAUCGAGCACGACCCUGGAUUCUGACGUUUACACGGAGCCUUAUUAUUACAAAGCCGAAGAUGAGGAUGACUACAGCGAGCCCGUGGGCGAGAACGAAACCGAUUAUGUGGAAGUCAUGGAGCAAGUUCUUGCGAAACUGGAAAACAGAACUAGUACCAAUGAAUCAGAAGAACAGGCCCAGGGCUAUGAGCUGGAGCAGACUCCGUACGAAAGCCCCUGCGCCAUUUCACAGGAAGACACUCCCAACGGGUAUUUCGAGAACUCCAUGGUUAGUGAAGAUGUGCUAGAAUUUGUGGGGGAUACAGUUGUUGAAGCAGAAGCGGAAGUAUGUGAAGACGAAAAUCAAAAUGUCCCAGAAGUCCCUGUUCAAACUCCAGUGAAAAAAAAGGUCCGGCCCUCAUUUAAAGACGCUGCGCUGAAGGCCUACAGGACACAGAUGAGUGAACUGGAGGAGAAGAUCCUUGCUGGAGAUAGCAGCUCUGUGGAUGAAAAGGCUCGCAUUGUGAGCGGGGGUCCUUUGGAGGCUUCCAAGCUCGCCAUCCAGGCCUUCGCGGGACCGGGCAGUGCCCUGUAUGGUAUUGACAGCAUGCCGGACCUACGCCGGAAGAAGACCCUUCCCAUUGUCCGAGACGUGGCGAUGACACUUGCUGCCCGGAAGCCUGGGAUCUCGCUGGCCAUGCUUAUCCGGACAUCUGUGAAUAAUGAGGAGAUGAAAAUGCACGUCUUCAAGAAGACCCUGCAGGCCCUCAUCUACCCUAUCUCCUCCACCACCCCACACUAUUUUGAAGUGUGGACGGCCACGGCGCCCACCUACUGCUACGAGUGCGAGGGUCUCCUUUGGGGCAUCGCCAGGCAGGGCAUGCGGUGCACCGAGUGUGGGGUCAAAUGCCACGAGAAGUGCCAAGAUCUCCUCAACGCCGACUGCUUGCAGAGGGCAGCAGAAAAGAGCACCAAGCACGGAGCAGAAGAUAAGACGCAGAAUAUUAUCACAGCAAUGAAAGAACGAAUGAAGAUCCGAGAGAAAAACAGACCGGAGGUCUUUGAAUUGAUCCAGGAAAUGUUCCAGAUCCCCAAGGAAGACUUUGUUCAGCACACAAAGGCGGCCAAGCAAAGUGUCUUGGAUGGGACCUCCAAAUGGUCAGCAAAAAUUACCAUCACCGUGCUCUGUGCUCAGGGCUUGCAAGCGAAGGACAAAACCGGUUCCAGCGAUCCGUAUGUUACCGUUCAAGUGGGCAAAACCAAAAGGAGAACAAAGACCAUCUUUGGAAACCUGAAUCCGACAUGGGAUGAGAAAUUUUAUUUCGAGUGCCACAACUCGACAGACAGAAUAAAAGUCAGGGUGUGGGAUGAAGACGAUGACAUCAAGUCUCGAGUGAAGCAGCAUUUCAAAAAGGAAUCGGACGACUUUUUGGGGCAAACCAUCAUUGAAGUGCGAACCCUCAGCGGAGAAAUGGACGUUUGGUACAACCUUGACAAGCGAACUGAUAAAUCUGCCGUGUCCGGAGCUAUUCGGUUGAAGCUGAAUGUCGAAAUAAAAGGAGAGGAGAAGGUUGCACCGUACCACGUGCAAUACACCUGUUUACAUGAGAACCUCUUCCAUUACUUGACGGAGGCGAAAUCCAACGGGGUGGUGCAGAUCCCUGCGGUCAAAGGCGACGAGGCCUGGAAAGUCUAUUUCGACGAUGCGGCGCAAGAGAUCGUGGACGAAUUCGCGAUACGCUACGGGAUCGAAUACAUCUACCAAGCCAUGACGCACUUCUCUUGCCUGUCCUCCAAGUACAUGUGCCCUGGCGUUCCGGCCGUCAUGAGCACUUUACUGGCCAACAUCAACGCUUUCUACGCUCACACCACCGCCACCACCAACGUGUCAGCCUCGGAUCGAUUUGCUGCUACCAACUUUGGGAGGGAAAAAUUCAUAAAACUGCUGGAUCAGCUGCACAAUUCCCUGAGGAUCGACCUCUCUAAAUACAGGGAAAAUUUCCCUGCCAGCAACCCUGAGAGGCUUCAAGACCUGAAGUCAACCGUGGACCUGCUAACGAGCAUUACAUUUUUCCGCAUGAAGGUGCUGGAACUGCAGUGCCCUCCCCGAGCCAGCGCAGUCGUGAAGGAUUGUGUCCGGGCUUGCUUGGAUGCCACGUACAAGUACAUUUUCGACAACUGCUACGAUCUCUACUCUCAACUCAUGGACCAGGGUAAAAAGCAAGAGAUUCCUCGGGAGGAACAGGGCCCAACUACGAAGAACCUGGAUUUUUGGACGCAGCUGAUCACCCUGAUGGUUACCAUCAUUGACGAAGACAAGACGGCCUACACGCCCGUCUUGAACCAGUUCCCCCAAGAACUGAACAUGGGCAAAGUCAGUGCCGAGAUCACCUGGACCCUUUUUGCGCAGGACAUGAAAUACGCCCUGGAAGAGCAUGAAAAGCAACGGUUAUGCAAGAGCACAGAUUAUAUGAAUUUGCACUUCAAAGUGAAAUGGUUUUAUAAUGAAUACGUGCGAGAGCUCUCCUCAUUCAGAGAUGCAGCGCCUGAAUACUCUCUGUGGUUUGAGCCAUUCGUCAUGCAGUGGUUGGACGAAAACGAGGACGUCUCCAUGGAGUUCCUUCACGGCGCGCUGGGAAGGGACAAGAAAGAUGGGUUCCAGCCGACGUCCGACCACGCCCUCUUCUCCUGCUCCGUGGUGGACGUCUUCACGCAGCUCAACCAGAGCUUUGAGAUCAUCAAGAAGCUGGAGUGCCCCAAUCCGGAAGCCCUCUCUCAUCUCAUGAGGAGAUUUGCGAAGACGAUCCAUAAAGUGCUGACGCAGUACGCAGCAAUUAUAACAAAUGACUUCAGCUCUCAUUGUGAUAAAGAAAAUGUGCCCUGUAUCCUGAUGAACAACAUCCAGCAAUUGCGAGUCCAGCUUGAGAAGAUGUUUGAAGCCAUGGGGGGGAAGGAGCUGGACCCCGAGGCAAGUGGAGAAUUGAAAGAGCUGCAGGCCAAACUCAGCGGCGUCCUGGACAAGCUCAGCGUGACCUACGGCACCAGUUUCCAGCUUGUGAUUGAGGAGUGUGUGAAGCAAAUGGCCUUGGAGCUGAAUCAGAUGAAAGGAAACGGAGCGGCAGCCCACAAAAGCAGCAGCGGGAUGGAUGCAGAGCUGGUGCUGCGCCCCUUGAUGGAUUUCCUCGACAAGACCUUAAGUCUCUCCGCAAAAAUCUGUGAGAAGACCGUCUUGAAGCGGGUUUUGAAAGAGCUCUGGAAAGUGGUCCUGAACAAAAUAGAGAAGUUGAUCGUGCUGCCGCCCCUGACAGACCAGACGGGCCCCCCUAUGCUUCUCAGCGCAGCCAAAGAUUUUGGCCAGCUGUCCAAGCUGAAGGACCACGUCAUCCGAGAAGAAGCCAAAAGCCUGACGCUGAGGCAGUGCGCGAUAAUGGACGUGGUUCUGGCCACUAUUAAGCAAUACUUCCAUGCGGGAGGAAGUGGGCUGAAGAAGACCUUCCUAGAGAAGAGUCCGGAACUGCAGUCUUUGAAAUACGCGCUGAACCUUUACACGCAGACGACGGAUGUCCUGGUCAGGAAAUUCAUCGACACCCAGACGUCGCAAAGUCAAGCAACCAACAACACCGUUGGGGAGCUCAAUCUUCAGGUGGACUUAACGACACACCCUGGAACCGGCGAACAGAAAGUCACGGUGAAAGUUGUAGCCAUUAAUAACCUCAACUGGCAGACCAACGCCAUGUUCCGUCCUUUCGUGGAGGUUUGCCUUCUGGGACCCAGCCUCGGGGACAAGAAACGGAAGCACGGCACCAAGACGAAAAGUAACACCUGGUCGCCCAAAUACAACGAGACCUUCCAGUUCGUCCUGAGCCACGAAGAAAAGCCCAGUGCCUAUGAGCUGCACCUCUCGGUCAAGGAUUACUGCUUUGCGCGGGAGGAUCGCGUCAUCGGCAUGGCCGUGAUCCAGUUGCGCAGCCUCGCGGAGCGAGGGGGCUGUGCCGGGUGGCACCCUCUGCUGAGGAACCUCUCCAUGGACGAGACGGGGCUGACGAUCCUGCGGAUCCUUUCUCAGAGGACCAACGACGACGUUGCGAAGGAAUUCGUCCGGCUCAAAUCGGAAACCCGGUCCGUCGAAGAAACCGCCUGAAAACUCCUCGUGAGGAAAUGCAAAGCGUCAGCGCCAAGAUCCGUGACCCAGUGUUAUCGACGUCCGAAUCAUGCAUGUGUGUGCAACUCUGUGGGAAUGUUUAACUAACUCUGUUUCCGUGUUUGCCAGAACAUAAAGUACUAUAUUUGCAAGGUGUGUCCAAGAGCUGUCGGCCUUUUCUCCAUGUCUGGGUCUUUCAAAAAGAAGUAAUUGUUUCAAUGAAGUGCCAAAACUGCAGUGAAGAGCAAAUUAUUCAUGGCAUCUUUUCAAAUGUUGAGUUGAUCUCAUUAUGGCCCCUCCAUGGUAAACAUUUCCUAGUUACACUUCGGUCCUUCCGAUUGUGUCAUUCGCUUUCUCUGUUAAAUGACCAGGUGUGCUCCCUAACGCCCUUCAGAUCAGCUCCCAUUUCUCACCCCAGGUGUUUGGCCUAAUUGUCUCUUUUCUGUUUUAUGCAAACUCCAUUUUAAGUCUCAUUUCCCGAAACCUUUUUCUACCAUAACUUACAGAUGCAGUAACUUCAAGAAAGGGUUUGUAAUUUUAUAAUCGCUGAUAAUAAAGAAAUGAUUUUUUUGCAUACAAACUUUAAAAAAAAAAAAAGGUGGAAAUGUUUUAUGCUGACUGUUUUUUCCACCCUUUCAUAUGUAUCACUGUGAAGAAGAAAUGCUGUCAGCGCAAAGUCCUCAAGACGUUUAACUACGUUUGUUACUGAUGUUUGAUAUCUUGAGAUAAUGUUGUUCUCCCAAACUGCCAAGGUAACACCAUCUUUGUAUUAAAAGGGAAAUUCCAUCACCCCAGUCCAGUGAUUUGCAGCA